AAUCAUUCUCCUGGGCGUGAUACAGUAUUGUAUAAUUGGCUCAACAAAAAAGUAGCUACCUCUAGUCUACCACUCCCAAACAGUAUGAGUUUGUGAGUGUAUGAAUGCAGACCAUGCAAGUUGUGCUGUGGUACUCUGUUCUCAUCAUACUCCUUAUGGGGCACUGGGGUGAUGGACAAAAGACAGAGCCUCGCUUAGGCCUGAAGGACCACAACCUGUUCCGAGGGUCCGAUCGAUAUGACUUUGCCAUUGUGGUGCCCGCCUCAGGGCUAGAGUGCUUUUGGCACUUUGCACACCAGAGUGGGAGCUUCUACCUAACAUAUAUGGUAAGUACAUUUACAGGUACAUACUAUCUUAACCCAACAUCUAGCGACCUCAUCAAGAGGUUAGGAUCUUUUAGGGGGAACAGCUGGUGUUGGGUUGACAAUUACAAGGUCCCUAGUUCAAACCCCUUUUCGGGACUACUCCCAGCCUUUGCUAAAUGAUGUGCACUGUCUUGAGCAGUAUUGUGCCAAUAAAAUGUGCUACAAUGAUACUGUUUGAAGAUACCUUUUAGUUGAUGAAGAUUAGAGGAACAAGCUACCAUAUAAUAAUACCCCAGUACCUUUGUGGAACCUGGCUUGUCUUGCCUGACCUUGGACUUAUCAUUUUACUCCUUAUCUUCUUAUCUUUGCUUAGCUUCAACGUAGAACUAAGAUAACUGAAUGGAAGACUAAAAAUACAUUUUGUGAUAAAAUGGCACCUGUGUGUGUGUGUGUGUGUGUGUUUAACAGUAGCAUUACCAAGAUCAAACAUUGUGCAUAAAUAACACAUUUUAUCAAGGGACAUCAGGUAACCAUGGCUGUGCAAUGUUCCAUGUGUGUGUGUGUAGGUCCAGUGGGUGACAGGGCUAGCCAGCGACCACCAUCUUUACGUGACCGUCAUCUCCCCAGAAGGGGACCUCAUGGCCUCAACAGACAACACCAUUGGUCAAAUCAACUUCCAAACUGAAGUGACAGGUAAAGUCACAGACAUCUGUGAUCUUUCAUUUGUAUUAUGUUUUUAAGUUAAUUGUCAUGUUGAUGAGAAUCAACCAUUUGCAAUUUAUAGGUUUUUAUCAGAUGUGCUUGGGGAACUAUAAGAACCACUUUGGUGGCGUCCGAGUCUUUCUCAACUUCGGCGUGUACUAUGAAGGCGCUGAGGAGAUGCAGCGAGAGACACAGGAAGGAGAAAAAGUCCUCAACAACACUCUGUCCAACAUUGAGGUACAUGAUGUCCCUGCACUAGAGGGUUCUGGACUUUCACAAUUAAUAUCACGGAUAUUUCUGAUGAGUUUGUCUGCACAGAAAUAUUUAAACUACUCGUGUGGUGUCUCCACACUGGUUGUGUAAACAUUUUUUUUGCAGACAAUUCAUAAAAAAAUAUGAUGUAUCACAACCAUUGUGUCCAAUGCAUUUUACAUCAGUUGUACAACCUGAGUGUUCUGAGCCACUGUUAUGGCUUAUAGUUGAUAAUGUCAAUUUGAACAGAUUUUGAUCUAUUAGAAAACAUCUCAUCAAUUAUGACUAAUCUUUUCUAGGAGAGUACCAACAAGAUACAAGGUCACAUAUUCCACAUGUGGCGGCACUACAACUACGCUCGCAUGAGCAGAGGUGCGGACCAUUACCUUCUCCUCUUCAACCACAACUACGUCACCUGGUGGUCUGCGGUCCAGAGUGUGGUCAUCAUCAUGGUGGGCUACCUACAGCUCUUCUUCCUCAAGAGGCUUUUCCACACAGACACCCAUAGACCCCGCUGUUGAUGAAUGAUAGCUCAUAAAAUGUCACUCACUGCUUGUGUUGCUGUGUGGAUCAUGUUUGUUCAAUGUUAAAGGUAUAGUUCAUCCAAAUUACAAACUUAAAUAGUUGUUUCCUUACCCUGUAAACAGGCCUUGGACAAGGAGAUGGCAAGCUAUGCGUUGGUUUUGUUUACCUGGCUGCUG